AUGUCGGUCAUUAGUCCGAUCAGCUUGAAAGGACCUGCGGAGGUUGCCCAUGGAUGGAUGUUCAUUGGGUUCACAGUCAACAUCCUUCUACUGGGUGUCAUGAUCACCCAAGUAUAUUUAUACUAUGCACAAUAUAAAACCGACAAACCAUGGAUCAGAACUUUUGUUGCUGUAUUAUUCCUGGCCGACAUCGUUAAUUCAAUAUUUGUUUUCAUCUACUUGUAUCGCUCACUCAUCACAUUUUUCGGGGACGAGGAGUUUCUAUCAAAAGCUGAUUGGUUAUUUGCAACCGAUCCUGCCACAACAGGCAUCAUUGCCAGUGCCGUUCAGUUGUUCUUCGCGUGGCGUGUUUUCGUUCUUACCAAGACAUGGGUAUACACGGCUGUCAUCGUUUUACUCUCGCUUGCUGGUGGAAUCUCUGCCAUUAUCACCGCCGUCGAGGUCGGUCGCACUCCCAAAUUCGUCGACUUCCAGAACUUCAAGUCGGUCGUUAUCAUCUGGCUCGCUGCUGAAGCUCUCGGCGAUGUUGUUAUCACUAGUGUUCUUGUGUGGCAUCUAUUGACCACUCAUCCUAGUCGUAAGCACAAGACAGGCUUCCAGCGUUCAGACAUGAUGGUCGACCGCAUCAUUCGAAUUACUGUCCAAACCGGUCUCCUGACGAUGAUUGUCGCUUCACUGGACCUUCUCUUCUUCCUCAUUGACCCAACGGGAACCCACCUCCUGUUCAAUUUUCCUCUCGCGAAGCUGUACUCGAACUCGCUCAUGAGCAGCUUGAACUCACGCCGCGGAUGGAAGUACUCAGGCAACACGUCUGGUAUGGAGUCGCGAUCGGAAGGCCAGGUGAAUACAACCGGCGCCAUCCAGCAACGCAAUCUUCACGUCUCGAGCAAAAAGCCCAACGACAUGAUUGUUCUCGACCCCACCCGGACCCAUCCCGAGGUCUUUGUGCACGUAGAGUCGCACGAGAUGCGCGAUGUACAGGGUGGCCAGCGCUUCGAUGACAAGCCACGAACGCUGCACUCAGAGACAUCUGUCGAGAAGUCGGUGGAGGAGAGAUGGACUACGGAUAAGAAGAGCCAGUGGUCUUGA